AAUGCUUUUCUAUUCCUAAAUUAGAUGUCUUUAUGGUUUGUCUUCGAGCUUUUGAAAAAUUUUCUGGUGGGAAAACAUGUCCUAUGUGCCGAAAGGAACAAUAUGAAACGCGAUUAAUACACGAAGGUCGGAAACUGUGGCGACAUAAAUGUGCAAUCAAAAUCCAGUCAAGGUGGCGUGGUUAUGUUAUACGGUCGUGGUACGUCAAAUUAAGGAAGACAGUUCCACCAAAUGACCCAUUGUUGAGGAAAAAAUUUUUCGAAGAAAAGCUUUCCUUAGUUACGGAUCGCUUUGUUAUGGUAACGAGCUCAGAAGUUGAUAGUUUUCUUCACCAGAUUGAUCAAUCGAUUGAAGAAAGUCGACGAGUGAUGAGACUGGUCGACGAUCAAAGUUUUAAAGUGUUGUCGGAUAUGGAUUGGGAAAAAGUUUAUGCUAAGGCAAACGAGAGACUUCAUUCAGAUUGUCCCAUUUGCUUCACUGCUUUCCAUUCAUCAGACAUCGUUGGGCAGCUAGAGUCUUCAAAAAAAAGUGAAACUACAGUCGAAUUUUCUCGUCCUAUUAUCUUACUAUCUUGCUCUCAUGUUUUUCACAAACAAUGUCUGGAGGCUUUCGAAUUACUUUCUCUGGCUUCUUUGCACGUCUGUCCUGUCUGUCGCUCGCCGUAUUACAAGAAAGAGUUGCACUGUGAUGUACUGUGAUGUACCGUGAAGUACUGUUAAGUACAUGUGACGUGCCGUGAUAUACUGUGACAGGGAACCUCUGCAGUAAGGCCACUGGAAUUGGUGAAAUGAUGGUUGGGGUCACAAGACGGACUAGUUUGCAAAGGAAAAUUCCAUAGAUAUCAUAUCUUAUGAAAGGCUUCUUGUGUCCUAGCAAUUAGGAUAAUUGAAGAGUAAUCAGUACUUUGUUCAGUGUGUUGAGAAUCACCUUCCCAACGUGUUCUUUUUGUUUAUAACAUUUUGCUCUGCUAGAUGGCCUUUAUCGCGAAAGUGAAAAGAUUUGAUGGUGGAAUGGAGAUGUUGGGAGAUUAUAUUUGGUUUUAGUUCGAAUCCUUUUUUUCUACUUACUAAGAAAAUAAAGUUGUUAAUGAACAAUUAUCAAAUCAA